AUGGAAGAAGGUUCAGACAUUGAUGAUACAGAUGAUGAUGUCCAAGAGGCUCCUCCUCAAUUGGAGGAUGGCAGAAAUGCCGGGCCUUUGUCCCAGGAUAGCUAUUUAUCAUUUGGGGAUAAAAAAAGAACACGUCCUAUAAAACAGUCACAACGACUGUUUCGUCCUGAGUUGGUAACACAAAUUGAAACGGAGGUCAACAAGCUCAUCGAAGCUGGAUUUAUUCGAGAAGUGAAGUACCCGUUGUGGAUCUCAAAUAUUGUACCUGUUAAGAAGAAGAAUGGUCAAAUACAUGUCUGCGUUGAUUUUCGAGAUUUGAACAAGGCAUGUCCAAAAGAUGACUUCUCUCUGCCAAUCAUUGAGCUCAUGGUUGAUGCUACAACUGGGCACGAAGCUAUGUCAUUUAUGGAUGGAUCUUCUGGAUAUAAUCAAAUCAGAAUGUCUCUAAAAGAUGAAGAAUGUACUGCCUUCCGAACUCCAAAAGGAAUUUAUUGUUGCAAAGUGAUGCCCUUUGGUCUAAAGAAUGCUGGGGCCACCUAUCAACGUGCAAUGCAAAACAUAUUUGAUGACAUGCUUCAUAAGAGGGUGGAAUGUUACGUCGAUGACUUGGUGGAAUUCAUUGUGCGUCACCGUGGAAUUGAAGUUGAUCCCGCAAAGAUUUAUGCCAUUCAAAAAAUGCCUGAGCCAAAGAACUUGAGAGACCUCCGCAGUCUACAAGGAAAUUUGGCAUUCAUUCAGAGAUUCAUUUCUAACCUAGCUGGACGAUGUCAACCUUUCAACCAUUUAUUGAAGAAAGAUGCUCUUUUCCAUUGGGACCAAUCAUGUCGAAAUGCCUUUGAAAGCAUCAAGAGAUACCUGAUGAAUUUGCCUGUAUUAGGGGAACCAACACUUGGAAAGCCAUUGAUACUGUACAUUGCAUCGCAAGAGCGAUCACUUGGGGCACUUCUUGCUCAAGAGAAUGAAGCUAAGAAGGAACAAGCAAUGUAUUAUCUGAGUCGAACCUUGAUAGGAGCUGAGUUGAAUUAUACUCCCAUUGAGAAAAUGUGCUUAGCAUUGCUUUAUGCGAUAAGAAAAUUGAGGCAUUAUUUUGAAACGUACACUAUCAAGCUAAUUUCUCGGGCUGAUCCCGUGAAGUUCGUAAUGACUCGACCAGUUCUCUCAGGACAUCUAGCAAGAUGGUUUAUAUUUUUUAAUCAAUAUGAGAUCAUUUACACACCUCAAAAGGCUGUGAAGGGGAAAUCACUUGCUAAUUUCCUUGCUGAUCACCCUCUUCCGGGGAAAUGGGAAACUUCAGAUGAGUUCCCUGAUGAAGAUGUAUUUCUUACUGAAGAGCUGCCAGCAUGGACAAUGUUCUUUGAUGGAUCUGCACGUCGAGAUGGUGCAGGGGCGGGAGUCGUGUUGAUAUCUCCAGAACAACUAAUCCUACCAUUUUCAUUUAUUCAAGGUGAAACCUGUUCCAACAACGCUGCAGAGUACCAAGCUUUGAUUGUGGGCCUUGAAAUGGCAUUAGAUAUGAAGAUUCCUCAAUUGGAUGUCUAUGGUGACUCUCAAUUGAUCAUCAAUCAACUCUCGGGGAGUUACGAGGUAAAGAAGGAAGAUCUUUUGUCAUAUCACCAAUAUGCUACUUUCUUACUUGAAAGGUUUGAUCAAGUGUUCUUAAAUCACGUCCCAAGAGAAGAAAAUUGCAUGGCAGAUGCUUUGGCUAACUUGGCUACAACAAUGGCACUCGGAGAAAAUGAGACAACAAAGGUCCCUCAUAUAUCAGUUCGAGUGGUUGAAGAAGAAAAUUGGAGAAAACCACUGGUUGAGUAUCUUGAACAUGGAAGACUGCCUGAGGAUCCACGAGUAAGAGCAGACAUUAAGAGAAGAGCACCACGAUUCAUCUUUCACGAUGGGAUACUGUUUCGUCGUUCUUAUGAGGGACUAUUUUUGCGGUGUCUUGACAAAGAAGAAGCUCAACAAACAAUGGAUGAGGCACAUUCUGGCACAUGUGGAGCACACCAAUCAGGGCCUAAACUUCAUUUUCGCAUCAAGAGGAUGGGCUACUAUAGGCCAACAUUGGUGAUGGACUGCUUAGGGCAUGCAAAAAAGUGUCAAGUGUGUCAAUUCCAUGCUAAUUACAUCCAUCAAUCUCCAGAGGUUUUGCAUCCGACUGUAGCCUCAUGGCCCUUCGAUGCAUGA